CCACUCCAUCUUCCAAUUCCAACUCCUUAUAUUAUCUCUAUUCCAAAUCUCACAUCUUCAAUACUAUUCCACCAAAUUCCAAAAAUGCUAAACUCAAUCUCAAAACUAAGUCCUCUUGCAAAUACUCUUGUUUUUCUUGUGACCCUUUACUUAGCCACGGCCAAUGCAGCAGCAGCCUCCUAUAAUGUGGUCAGUUUCGGAGCCAAACCGGACGGCCGCACCGAUUCCACAAAGGCCUUCCUAAGUGCAUGGAACAGAGCUUGCACCUCGCGCAACCCCGCGGCAAUUUAUGUGCCGCAGGGGCGGUUCUUGCUUGGAAGUGCAACCUUUCAAGGAAAAUAUUGUAAAGGUGUUUCAAUUACUAUUGAUGGCACCUUGGUGGCUCCCUCGGAUUACCGCGUGAUCGGAAAAUCCGAGAACUGGUUGCUGUUCGAGAAUGUUGAUGGAGUUUCUAUUCAUGGUGGGGUGCUUGAUGGCCAAGGCAAGCCCUUGUGGAAUUGCAAGAACUCAGGCCAUGGUAAUUGCCCAACAGGAGCCACGACAUUGGAAUUCAAAAACUCCAAAAACAUUGUUGUUUCUGGGUUGACCUCAAUCAAUAGUCAACUAUUCCACAUACUAUUUCGAGAAUGCCAAAAUGUGAAAAUGCAAGGUGUGAAGAUCAUGGCCCCUGGAAACAGUCCUAACACUGAUGGUAUUCAUGUCCAAAUGUCCUCCCACGUAACCAUCACCAACUCCAAAAUUCAGACCGGAGAUGAUUGCAUUUCAAUAGGACCUGGCACCUCUAACUUGUGGAUUGAAAACAUUGCAUGUGGACCAGGCCAUGGAAUAAGCAUUGGAAGCUUAGGAUGGGAUUUGAACGAACCAGGUGUGCAAGAUGUGACAGUUAAAACGGUUACAUUCACAGGCACUCAGAAUGGUGUUAGAAUAAAAUCUUGGGGGAGACCCACUAAUGGGUUUGUGAGGAACGUGCUUUUCCAAGAUUUAAUAAUGGUCAAUGCCCAAAACCCCAUUAUAGUUGACCAAAAUUACUGCCCCAAUAACAAGGGCUGCCCUCGUCAGGCCUCUGGAGUGAAAAUCAGUGAUGUAACAUACAAAGACAUUCACGGAACAUCAGCAACACCAGUUGCCAUAAAAUUUGAUUGCAGUUCUAAGUAUCCAUGCAAUGGAAUAAAGUUGCAGGAAGUGAAGCUCACAUAUAAGAGCCAAGAUGCCCAAGCUUCGUGUAACCAUGCAGGUGGAGCAACUAUGGGUACAGUUCAGCCAGAGAGUUGCUUGUAGAGAUAUGCAAAUAUAUAUAUGCUAUAUAUCAAGAGGAAUAUAUAAUCAUUCAAGAAAUUUUUUAUGAAGCGUAGAUCUGUCUUAGUCCUAAGAGUCUUGGGCCGGUCACGAUAAUCAUACAUACUGUAUCAAAACUACUGUAAUAUGAGAAAUAGUUUCUCUUCAUUGCUUGAUCAUAGAAAGAAUUGUAAUGGACUAUUGAAAGUCAAUAUUACUUGAUUGUACUUCUUCAACUUAAAAUAUGUGUAAUUUUUUAAAAAAUUAUAUAGAAACAUUAUUAC